AUGCCCAAACUAAGCAAAACCGACAACGACUUCAUGUCCAGCAACAACAACAAACCCACCUCACCCCAACCCGACGCAAUGCAACUACAAAUCGACUUCGCCACCCUCCUCCCCCGCGCCGAAAACAUCCCUCCGGGCCACAUUCCCGUCAACAAGACCUCCCACCGCAUCGACGCCUACAUCCCUCCCAUCUCCGGCGCGGACAAAGCCGACUUCAACGCCCGCACCGCCAGGAAGAAACUGUGCAACCACUUCCACAUAAACGGCACAUGCGUCGCCGGCGACAACUGCGCGUACGACCACCGCCCCGCCUCACCGGAGGUGUUGAAUUGUCUGAAGCAGGUCGUGUUUAACAAUCCCUGCCCGAAGAGAGGCGGGUGUAGGAAUCUGGGCUGUUUGUACGGGCAUUUGUGUCAGAAGGCGGAGUGUAAGUAUAGGGGCGGAGGGGUGUUUUGUAAGUUCCCCGGCCCGAGCCAUUAUCAGAGUGUGGAGUGUGUGGGGUUUGUGGAGGGGGUGGUUAAGGGUGGUGGGACGGUGGGUGUGAGUGUGGCUGCGGUGGAGGAGGAUGGAAAGAGUGUCAGUGCGAGCACGAGUGGGAAGGGCUCGACGGAGUCUAGGGAUGGGACGCCGCCGCCGCCGAAGACGCCGGGGUUCGGGGAAGUGGAGGAUGGGGAAGGGGAGGGGGCUUUGUUGGAUCUCGGCAGCGAUGAUGUUGACUAG